AUCUGAGUCAACAUAUCCAAUCCUUUUCUUCAAAACCAGUUUCCGUAUCUACCAACCUCUGUGAUGGAGUCAGUACACGUCGCAACACUCCAGCACAUCCAGCACGUCUUGGAAACCUACCACGCCUACAAACUCGAGGUGCUCCUCGUUCUCACUUUCGCUAUUGGUGCAGUUUUCAGGGUCUCUCAAAAGAAAGCUGCUGCAAACUCAUCCAAACCCAGCUUCUACUCUUCCUCCGACGAUUAUGUUACUCCCACAAUCAAGCCUGCUGAUCUGAAGUUUGUAUGGAACGAAACCCCUGCUUUGAAGUCCUAUCCCUUUAAGGAUGCAGAGUAUAAGCUCACCAUGGGAAUCAAACGAUUAGAUCCCCAGGACUGGCUUUUGAUCGAACCAACUUACUUGGAUCACAUUGAAGAAAAGAUACGCAUUACCACCAACUCCCACACGGAGUACGGUGACUUUGACUUGAGGUCCAGUACCUUGUUCGUGACUCCCGAGUGCGCUCCUGCCAUCAGAGAAUUCUACGAUAUUGUCGUACAAUACAUGUGUGACAAGUACCCCAAGUACUUUCAGGUGAAGGGAAGCCGGGUGUUCAACUCUAUCACCGGCCAGUACCUUCCUCGGGCUGCGAGCGAGAAGGUAGAGCCAAUCGAGUAUUUGGACUAUUUGGUGAAAAAUAUCGAAGAAGACGUGAUAUUCAUGCUAAAACCCCAGGACAACCCGGAAUCCGAGUACUACUUCAAGGGAGGCAUCUUUGCAUUUGCAGCUGGAUUUGACCCCAAAGACAAGUUCAACACUCCCAUGACAUCUAUUCAUCAGCCUAUUCCAGGGUAUGAGAGUAAGCUCAAAACAUCGAUGAACCGGUUUUUCAACCGAAUCACCCCUGGACAGUUUGUAACCAGAAGCAACUUCUCACUACAAACCCACAACCUAUUUUUUGUGCACGAUCGUAACAAGGGCCACAAUCGACCAGAGGACGAGGUUGUGGAGCCUAAAAAGGAAGAAGAGUUGGACUUUGAUAAGCAAGUGCAUUAUAGAAGUGAAAGACAAGUAUUGACGAGGUUGCCGAAGACGGGUGCAGUGGUUUUCACCAUCCGGACGUACUUGCUUCCACUUAGUGAGGUCAAGAAAGAUGGAAAAGAAGUGUGUGCUAGGCUUAGUGGAGCAGUUGAAAAGUUUCCUGAGGAUAUCAGAACCUAUAAGAAUGCCCGAGAAUGGGGAGAUGCGGUGAUCAGCUACUUGAGGAGAUAGGGUUUUAGGAGUAUUUAUAGAGGAGCGGUGUUGGAAUAUUUAUUAUUAGAGGAGUGGUGUAAGAAUAUUUAAUAGGGGUAUGUACUAUGUAAUACAGAUAGGACUAGUCUCAAAGACUUCUAGAGCUUGACUACCUCCUCUCGGAUUUCCUCCCAGAUGUCAAGGUUCUUCUUGGCCCAGUUCACUAGAAACCCGUUGUAGCACAAGAGAAUAUCGUAAAUCACCUUUAACUGUUUCUUGUGGAAAUUCUUGAAGUUCUUGUUAAGCUCAUCCGCAAUAUAUGAGAUGUCUCCAAGCAUGAUAUCCUGGCACUUUUCUAACGUAUUGAUUUUGGUCUUCAAAUCGCUGAUUCUAUGCUUCCUAGUUUCCUGAGGAUUCUGGUCCAUAAUGUCACUGACAUACUGGGUGAUCUUCUUGAUGGAGUUCAUGUUGGGGAACUUGAAUCGGGAAGCAUACGAAUUGUUGGGAGCAUUCUGAUCUAGUUGGUACCGUCUCUGCUUGGACACUGGGUCCGAGUUGAUGGCGUUUUCAAUAGUGGCAGUUUCUUCUUCGACUUUCAACAAGCCCUGAAGUGUCGCCUUCUUCUCCUUCAACUCACUGUCAAGCAUCUUC